AUGUCUUUAUCUCCAACCAUACCCGCAAGCCACAGCCAAUCAUCGCUUUCGCCGUCCAAUUCCAUGAGCCAUCAAGAUGUUUCCAUCCAGACCCUCGUAUCGCAUCUACUUGUAUCGAAACGCUCAUUAUCUUCCAUAAAUACAGUAUGGCGUGCAAAUGAAAUCGUCACUUCGGCAAGGGCGGCUUUGGAAGAGAGUGUGGUGCUGAGUGCUCGGACAGGGUUUCUAAGAAAUGGCAUCUCGGGUCAAGUUAAGAUACUUAAGAAGGUUAGGAAUGGGGUGGAGAAUAUAUACAAAGAUGGACAGCGGGAUUUCAAAAAUGUCAUCCGAACUCUCGAUGCUGCAAACGCAAGGCUGGAAUCUACUAUGGACGUCUUACGGUCUACAAUGGUGGAAGCAGCAUUUAGACCCGCUGGAGAAGAACCCCGAAGUCUGCUAGAUUUUGUAGAUGAACAGGGUGUUGAAACCAUGCGAGAUGCGUUGAAGGAGUCAAUACGAGAAACCAAGGAAGCUCAAACUGAUUUCGAUACCUCAAUCCUCUCCUUCGACGAUGACCUCCGCGCCCUCAAAACGGCCAUGACAUCUGCCCCCCAAUCAGCCUCCCAAUCGCAAUCCCAAUCUACUUUCUCUUCCCCCAUCCACACACAUCUCCAUACCCUCGAAUCUCACGCCCAAGAAAUGGCCUCUCUCCUCGACUCCCUCGUCCGCCAUUUCGACCUCUGCGUAAACGCAAUUCGGCACACGGAAGGUGGCUACGCAGCCGUCCGCAAAGCCGCAUCAUCCCAACCCCCCGGCUCAGACCCCGUCUCCGUCUCCGGUGUCAUCAAUACCGAAUCCGCACCCGACGAACCCAUAUCCUCCGACGAGCGACGACAGAUGCUCGAUGUGCUCGAGCACGAUGCUUCUCAAGUCGAAGAUGUUGUUGAGGAGCUCCGCGAGUUCUUGGCGGAGAUGGAAGGGAAACAUGAUGCGAUUCUCGAACAAGUGGCGUCUCUUACAACUGCUUAUAACGAUAUCACGAACGCAUAUCAUAUUUUAGAGGGAGUUGGGGCGAGAUUAACCGGGUAUAUAAUCGCGAGUCAAGAAUUCAGACUUCGGUGGGAUGAAACGAAAGCGCAGAUCCAAGACCAGCUAUCCGAGCUCGAAUCCAUGCGUCUCUUCUACGAAAACUACUUUUCGUCCUACGACUCCCUGAUUUUGGAAGUAUAUAGACGCAAAGAGUGCGAGGAAAAAGUAAAGGGGAUUGUGGAUAGGGCGAUGGAGCAAAUGGGGAGGUUGUAUGAGGCGGAUAUGAAAGAACGAGAGGGCUUCCGACUUGAUGUGGGGGAUUUCUUGCCCGUUGAUUUAUAUCCGAGUGUCAACAAGCCGGCCCCCGUGUGGGAGUUUGUGUUGAGAAAUGGAGAUGGGGUGGGUGAAAGCAGCGUGCCGGAGUUGGAGAGGGGUGCGAUUGAGGCAGCGGGGAAGAGGGAGAAGGAUAGGCAGAGGAAUGAGAGGUGA